ACCACUAAUGUUCUGCAUUCCAUACAACUUGCUCUACGUACCUUAUAUUUUUUGUUACACUUGUUGGUAUACUUUCAUCGGUGUUAUAGCAUUAACUAGCUUGUACACGAACAACGUAUACGUGCUAAAUGCAUGUUUUAAAUACAUAAACGAUUCUCUAGUGAAAGUGAAGGAACUUCUAGUCAAUGAUGAGUCUCAUCUACUCAGAAGAGUCUAUCAUAUGCAGAAGAAUCCUAUAUUGUUGUCGAAGUUGAGGACUCUUAAAAAGCAACAUCUAGAGAUGAGCGAAAUCGUUCAGCUACUGAAUAGCACGUGUAGCAUACAAAUCGAAGCUAUGUUAACAAUAAUGUUUAUCUACAUUAUAUUCACCAUAUACAAUUAUUUAUCUCUGCACAAAGAAAUGGCCGAGAUGACAUCGCUAACUCUUAUCCUUGGCUUCGCGAUUUAUUACAGCAUACAUAUAAUUAUCACCGUUUCGAUCGUUGAAAUUACCAGGAACCAAAUGACAAAAAUUGGCUGCAGCGUUCAUCGAAUUCUUGUACAUACUUCCGACGAGCAGGUAACGACGGAGUUGGAGUUGUUCUCGUUGCAAGUGCUACAAAAGGGUAACGCGUUCGUGAUGAAGGGGCUCGCAAUAGAUGCAACCCUUUUGACAAAGGUAAUAGGAAAUUGUUCAAAAGGAAUAAAGUAUUUUUAUCAGCACCUUUUACAGAUGGCGUGCGGCAUUACCACUUUCUUGUUGAUAUUAGUGCAGUUCUUACUCGUCGAGUCUUGUUGA